UUGAAAGGGAUGGCCGGUAGUUUAGUUCUUCUGGAUUCUAGUCGAGUGAACAAUAAAGGUGAAAGAGGGGAGUGCGGGCACGAUUAGGAAAGUUUGUCAUCUAGGGUUCUUCACAGACGGAAGUACAGCCUUGGUAAAAUUCGCUGCUAGUGGGACGCACUCCUUGAUGAUGGUGCUUAAACAGUGCCAGUCUCGACUUAAACUUUUUAACCGCCCAGAAAAGUGGUAUGACCCUCAAGACGGAGCUAGCAUUUUUAUGGCAGCAGCGACUUUUUCCUCCAGCACGCCGAGUCUGACAGCUGUCAACACCUCAGGGCGUCUCCGGAGUCUCAUCGCUCCAUCUGUGCGCGACUUUGAGAAGACACCACUGAGACGGAGACGAGGUCCAGGAGUGAACGUUAGGCACCUUUCUGCUGUGACUCAGAUGUCCGUAAGAGAACUUAAAACGUCUGUCAAAGCUUUCCAGUAUGAUCUAAAACCAGAUGCACCAACGUCAGAAAGCCGGAAGCUGUUCUUUGAUACACAUGCGGUGGUGCAGCUCCUAGAGGAAAAUGGUUUCACUACAUCUCAGUCUGAAGCCAUGGUCAAAGCACUGAUGAAGAUGACAGACUCUAACAUGGAAGUCACUUACAGUGACAUGGUAACCAAGGUGCAGCAGGAGAUCAUGUUGCAGCGCGUGAUGUCGCAAAUAGAAGCUGUAAAGAAGGACAUGGUCAUUCUUGAGACGAGCGAGUUCUCUACUCUGCUGGCAGAGAAUGAGAAACUCAAGGUCCAGUUAUUACAGCUCAAGGUCCAACUAGCUGAUGUAAUGAGUAAAGUGCGUUCAGACAAUAAGUUGGGCAUGAAUUUGGAGAAGAGCCGAGUAAAAGAACUGAGAGCAGAGCAUGAUAAGAAACUUCUGAAAGCACGAAAUGAGAUUAUGGAAAUGACUGCAGAACAAGAAUGCUACUUGACUCAGACAAACAUGAAAAUAGACACUGAAGUUGCUGGUUUGAAAACCAUGUUGGAGUCUCAUAAACUGGAUACUAUAAAAUACCUUGCAGGUUCAGUGUUCACAUGCCUCACUGUGGUCUUGGGUUUCUUUCGUAUUUGGAUGUGAGCAGGACUUUGGUUAUGACAUUCAUAUUAUGACACUGACUUUGCUCUGCAUCCUCUGAAUGUACUAACAUUCACAAACAAGCCACCUUUCACUUCUGACGCUGUCUUGGUGCAUUAAUUUAAUUCCAGGGCAGUGUUGAGUUUUUCUCACAAGUAAAACUUAUGGAAGGACAGCUCCCCCACCUGGUCUGUAGUGGAAGUUUUUGAUAAAUGAAAGUUUGACUGCACAACCCAAUUAGUUUUUUUUUUUUUUUUAAAGCUGCCCAUUGUUAUUUUAUGGCUGCUGGAACCAAGCUGGCAAUACACUUAGUGAAAGUUUCCAAUGUGUAAUUAUUGAACAUGUGUAAAUAUGUAUCUGUAUAUGUCAGUCUUUAGAUACUGGAAAGAUUAUCAUAAGACGCACAAAGACUAAUGUACAUUUCGUUGUUUCAGAAAUGUGUGAAAGAUUCUGGGACAUAUGUAUUAAUUAAAUAAAAUGUGUUAUCAGUAA